AUGUCUGAUUUAGAGAAAUCCGCUGCUGCGGACAAGGUUCCUUAUACCGUCGACACCACAGAUUCGUCUGUUGGUGAAGCGGAGUUAACUGCUAAGAAACUCAGUAUCUUUAAUAGACUUGCUGCUCAGCUUAAUGCUGAAACUAAGGGUAUUGAAAUGGUUACCGAUGAAGAAAAGACAGAAAAUUCCAUUUCUAAUGCUGCUACCAUGUGGCUUUCUGCCAAUAUGGUGAUUGCCACGUUUUCUUUGGGUGCUCUUGGUAUCACUGUGUUUACACUUUCAUUCUGGCAAGCAGUUCUUGUGAUCAUUUUCUUUUCUUUGCUUGGUGCCCUUCCCGUGGCAUUCUUCUCUGUGUUUGGUCCAAAGUUGGGAUUGCGUCAAAUGAUUUUGUCCAAGUUUUUGGUGGGUGAUUAUGCCAUGCGUAUUUUCGCUUUUAUCAAUAUGAUUGCUUGUGUUGGAUGGGGUGCUGUCAACAUUAUGGUUUCCGCCCAAUUGUUAAACAUCGUUAACAAUGGUGCUUGUCCUCCAUGGGCAGGAUGCUUGAUUUUGGUCGUUUGCACUAUUCUCGUUACUUUCUUUGGUUACCAUGUUAUUCACAUGUACGAGAAAUGGUCUUGGGUUCCCAAUAUUGUUUGCUUUAUUGCAAUUAUUGUUCGUAUGGCCAAAGCUGGCACAUUUACAAGUGAGGCAAAGUUUGGUGGAACCAUGCCUGGUGGACAAACAACCGCAGGUAAUGUGUUAUCUUUUGGUGGUGCCGUCUAUGGUUUCGCUACCGGAUGGACUACCUACGCAAGUGAUUACACCGUCUACCAAAAGAGAAAUGCCAACUCACUUAAGAUCUUUGCCAGUAUUCUUGUCGGUCUCUUGCUUCCUUUGCUUUUUACCAUGAUUUUGGGGGCUGCUUGUGCUACUGGAACCAUUACCAACAAGAAGUGGGACGAAUUAUACCAAGACAAGGCUAUCGGAGGUUUGGUGUAUGCUAUUCUCGUGGAGAACUCACUUCAUGGAUUCGGUCAAUUCUUGUGUGUAUUGUUGGCUCUCUCUACUGUGGCUAACAACAUUCCUAAUAUGUACACCAUUGCGUUGUCUGCCCAGGCUUUGUGGUCGCCUCUUGCGAAAAUUCCAAGAGUUCUUUGGACCAUCGCUGGUAACUUUGUUACCCUUGCAAUCUGUAUUCCUGCCUACUAUAACUUUGAAGAAGUUAUGGACAACUUUAUGAACUUGAUCGGUUACUACCUUGCCAUAUACGAGGCUAUGUCUUUGUCGGAGCACUUUAUUCACAACAAGGGUAACUUUGCUCGCUAUGAUUACGAGAACUUUCAUCUUAAAACCUCUUACCCAGUUGGAAUUGCUGGAGUAUUUGGUUUCUGUUGCGGUGUCGCUGGUGCUGUGGUGGGAAUGAACCAAGUGUGGUACGCUGGUCCUAUAGCCAAGAAGAUUGGAGACUUUGGUGGUGAUAUUGGGUUUGAAUUGGCAUUUGCCUUCUCAUUUAUUGCUUUCAACGUCGUGAGGCCGUUUGAGAAGAAAUACAUUGGUCGUUAA